UCAAGACGUGGGACGGCCAGGCGAAGGUUGCCUUCCAGCAGAAGCACUGGAUGGACCAAGAUACUGCCAUGGACUACCUCGAGUGGCUCUCCGAGCUCUAUGAGGGCGAGCGCAUCGGGCUCAUCUGGGACCUCGCCACGGCCCACAAGGGUGAGAAGGUCUUGAAGUUUGCAGUGGAGCUCGGCAUCGUAGUCGCCUUCAUCCCAGCGGGUCUGACGAGCAUCCUCCAAGUAUGCGACCUCAUCAUCAACAAGACACUCAAGGCUGCGGCGGUGCCUCGCGAAAGUGUCCUCGAAUGGAUAGAGACGGCAACACGCGAGAUCGACUCCAUCCAAGCAGCCACCAAAGGCAUCGGCGCAGCGUUCAGAAAGUACGGCCAGGACCCACGGUUCAAGACCGCCGAGGAGCUGCUUGACGGGCUCAAGGUUUUUCAGGAGAACUGCAUCUACGCCUCGCUCCUCGACAACCAGUAG